CCCUCCUCCUCCUCCUCUUUCUCCAAAUGGAGAGAGUUCUUUUUUUUCUUCUUCCAUCUCAUCUAUUGAAUCAAGGAGCUGCUGCGGCCGCUGCCCGCUGCACACACACAGAGCGGAGUCCCCAAGUCCCGGGAGCGAGAGAGGCGCGCUGCACGGGGGCAGAAUGGUCCAGCGGGUUGGCGCGGAGCACAAGAAAGCAGAGUCCGGGAUCGAGCAGCCACCGCGAGCCCAGCAGCCAGAGCUCGAGCAGCCCGAGCAGCCCAAGCAGCAACUUCAGGAGCCGCCACCGCCAGCAGCAGCCGCCGCGGGAGCAGCGGCGGCUGCCCCGGCCCGGCAGCGCUGAGACCCGCCGGGCACCCACGGACCCUGAGGCAGCGGCUCUGCGCCUGUCCUCCGCGACUGCUCGGGCGACCCGGGAGGCGCCGAGGGAGCCAGCGAGGCCGGCAGGAGCGGCGGGGAUUUGCUGGCGUUUUCUGCAGUGAAGGGGUCGCUGCGCGGGGCGGGGGGCGGGUAGGGGGAGUUGGGGACCUCGAGGAGCGCCGAGCGAGCGCCCGAAGGACAGGCUGGCUCUGCGCGCCGGUUCUCGCGCUCCCGAGAACUGGAUGUGGGCAGCGGCGGCCGCAGAGACCUCGGGACCCCCGCGCAAUGUGGCAAUGGAAGGCGCAGGGUCUGACUCCCCGGCAGCGGCCGCGGCCGCAGCGGCAGCAGCGCCCGCUGUGUGAGCAGCAGCAGCAGCAGCGGCAGCAGCAGCAGCAGGUCUGUCAACCGGAGCCCCAGCCCGAACAGCCGGCGGCCAGCAGCGUCCUCGCGAGCCCAGCGCCGGGGCGCGCCGGGCGCCCGCAGCAGCACGCCGGGCCGCCCGGGAAACAUCGGUUCCCGCGGCGGCGGCGGCGGCGGCAACAUGGCUUCGGCUGGUAAUGCCGCGGAGCCCCAGGACCGCGGCGGCGGCGGCAGCUACAGCGGAGCUCCGGGCCGGCCGGCCGGCGGCGGGAGGCGCAGACGGACCGGGGGGCUGCGCCGCCACGCUGCGCCGGACCGGGACUAUCUGCACCGGCCCAGCUACUGCGACGCCGCCUUCGCUCUGGAGCAGAUUUCCAAGGGGAAAGCUACUGGCCGGAAAGCGCCGCUGUGGCUGAGAGCGAAGUUUCAAAGACUCUUAUUUAAACUGGGUUGUUACAUUCAAAAAAACUGCGGAAAAUUCUUGGUUGUGGGCCUCCUCAUAUUUGGGGCCUUCGCUGUGGGAUUAAAGGCAGCUAACCUGGAGACCAACGUGGAGGAACUGUGGGUGGAAGUUGGUGGACGAGUAAGCCGCGAAUUAAAUUAUACUCGCCAGAAGAUUGGAGAAGAGGCUAUGUUUAAUCCUCAGCUCAUGAUUCAGACCCCAAAAGAAGAAGGUGCUAAUGUUCUGACCACAGAAGCGCUCCGCCAGCACCUGGACUCGGCGCUCCAGGCCAGCCGGGUCCACGUGUACAUGUAUAACAGGCAGUGGAAAUUGGAACAUUUGUGUUACAAAUCUGGAGAACUUAUCACAGAAACAGGUUACAUGGAUCAGAUAAUAGAAUAUCUUUACCCUUGUUUAAUUAUUACACCUUUGGACUGCUUCUGGGAAGGGGCCAAAUUACAAUCUGGGACAGCAUACCUACUAGGUAAGCCUCCUUUACAGUGGACAAACUUUGACCCUUUGGAAUUCCUAGAAGAAUUAAAGAAAAUAAACUAUCAAGUGGACAGCUGGGAGGAAAUGCUGAAUAAGGCAGAAGUUGGUCAUGGGUACAUGGACCGGCCCUGCCUCAAUCCGGCUGAUCCUGACUGCCCCGCCACAGCCCCCAAUAAAAACGCAACCAAACCUCUCGAUAUGGCCCUUGUUUUGAAUGGCGGAUGUCAUGGGUUAUCCCGGAAGUACAUGCACUGGCAGGAGGAGCUGAUUGUGGGCGGUACCAUCAAGAACAGCACUGGGAAGCUUGUCAGCGCCCAUGCCUUGCAGACCAUGUUUCAGUUAAUGACUCCGAAACAGAUGUACGAACACUUCAAGGGGUACGAGUAUGUGUCGCACAUCAACUGGAAUGAGGACAAGGCGGCGGCCAUCCUGGAGGCCUGGCAGAGGACCUACGUGGAGGUGGUUCAUCAAAGUGUCGCCCAGAACUCCACUCAGAAGGUGCUAUCCUUUACCACGACGACCCUGGACGACAUCCUCAAGUCCUUCUCCGAUGUCAGUGUCAUCCGAGUGGCCAGUGGCUACUUACUGAUGCUUGCCUAUGCCUGUUUAACCAUGCUGCGCUGGGACUGCUCCAAGUCCCAGGGUGCCGUGGGGCUGGCUGGCGUCCUGUUGGUUGCACUGUCAGUAGCUGCAGGAUUGGGCCUGUGCUCAUUGAUCGGGAUUUCCUUUAACGCUGCAACAACUCAGGUUUUGCCAUUUCUUGCUCUUGGCGUUGGUGUGGAUGAUGUUUUCCUUCUGGCUCAUGCAUUUAGUGAAACAGGACAGAAUAAAAGAAUCCCUUUCGAGGACAGGACCGGGGAAUGCCUGAAGCGCACAGGAGCCAGCGUGGCCCUCACCUCCAUCAGCAAUGUCACAGCCUUCUUUAUGGCCGCACUGAUCCCAAUUCCCGCCCUGCGGGCCUUCUCCCUCCAGGCGGCUGUAGUAGUGGUGUUCAAUUUUGCUAUGGUUCUGCUCAUUUUUCCUGCAAUUCUCAGCAUGGAUCUGUAUCGACGUGAGGACAGGAGAUUGGAUAUUUUCUGCUGUUUUACAAGCCCCUGCGUCAGCAGAGUGAUCCAGGUGGAACCCCAGGCCUACACGGAGACUCACGAUAGCACCCGCUCCAGCCCCCCACCCCCCUACAGCAGCCACAGCUUUGCCCACGAGACACAGAUCACCAUGCAGUCAACGGUGCAGCUCCGCACAGAGUACGACCCCCACACACACGUGUACUACACCACCGCCGAGCCGCGCUCCGAGAUCUCUGUGCAGCCCGUCACCCUGACGCAGGACACCCUGAGCUGCCAGAGCCCGGAGAGCACCAGCUCCACCAGGGACCUGCUGUCCCAGUUCUCCGACUCCAGCCUGCACUGCCUUGAACCCCCUUGUACCAAGUGGACACUCUCCUCUUUUGCCGAGAAGCACUAUGCUCCUUUCCUCUUGAAACCAAAAGCCAAGGUCGUGGUGAUCCUCCUUUUCCUGGGCUUGCUGGGGGUCAGCCUUUAUGGGACCACCCGAGUUCGCGAUGGGCUGGAUCUUACAGAUAUUGUGCCUCGGGAAACCAGAGAAUAUGACUUUAUUGCUGCACAGUUCAAAUACUUCUCUUUCUACAACAUGUAUAUCGUCACCCAGAAAGCAGACUACCCGAAUAUCCAGCACUUACUUUAUGACCUUCACAAGAGUUUCAGUAAUGUGAAGUACGUCAUGUUGGAGGAAAAUAAACAGCUUCCCAAAAUGUGGCUACACUACUUCAGAGACUGGCUCCAAGGGCUUCAGGAUGCCUUCGACAGUGACUGGGAAACUGGGAAAAUCAUGCCAAACAAUUAUAAAAAUGGAUCCGAUGACGGAGUCCUUGCUUACAAACUCCUGGUGCAGACCGGCAGCCGUGAUAAACCCAUUGACAUCAGUCAGUUGACUAAACGGCGCCUGGUGGAUGCAGACGGCAUCAUUAAUCCCAGCGCUUUCUACAUCUACCUGACCGCGUGGGUCAGCAACGACCCUGUGGCGUAUGCUGCCUCCCAGGCCAACAUCCGGCCUCACCGUCCUGAGUGGGUCCAUGACAAAGCUGACUACAUGCCAGAAACCAGGCUGAGAAUCCCAGCUGCAGAGCCCAUCGAAUAUGCUCAGUUCCCUUUCUACCUCAACGGCCUGCGCGACACCUCGGACUUUGUGGAAGCAAUCGAAAAAGUCAGAGCCAUCUGUAACAACUACACGAGCCUGGGGCUCCCCAGCUACCCCAACGGCUACCCCUUCCUCUUCUGGGAGCAGUACAUCGGGCUACGCCACUGGCUCCUGCUGUCCAUCAGCGUGGUGCUCGCCUGCACGUUUUUUGUGUGUGCCGUGUUCCUCCUGAACCCCUGGACGGCCGGGAUCAUUGUGACAGUCCUGGCUUUGAUGACGGUUGAGCUCUUUGGCAUGAUGGGCCUCAUCGGGAUCAAGCUGAGUGCCGUGCCUGUGGUCAUCCUGAUUGCGUCCGUUGGCAUAGGGGUGGAGUUUACCGUUCAUGUUGCUCUGGCCUUUCUCACGGCCAUUGGCGAUAAGAAUGGCAGGGCCGUGCUUGCCCUGGAGCACAUGUUUGCACCUGUUCUGGAUGGCGCUGUUUCUACUCUGCUGGGAGUGCUGAUGCUGGCGGGAUCGGAGUUUGAUUUUAUUGUCAGGUAUUUCUUUGCUGUCCUGGCAAUCCUAACAAUCCUGGGUGUUCUCAAUGGGCUGGUUUUGCUUCCAGUCCUUUUGUCCUUCUUCGGACCGUACCCUGAGGUGUCUCCAGCCAACGGGAUGAACCGGCUGCCCACUCCUUCCCCAGAGCCGCCCCCCAGUGUGGUCCGGUUUGCCGUGCCCCCCAGUCACAUGAACAACGGGUCUGAUUCCUCUGACUCUGAGUACAGUUCUCAGACGACGGUGUCGGGCCUCAGCGAGGAGCUUCGGCAGUACGAGGCACAUCAGGGGGCUGGGGGCCCUGCCCACCGAGUGGUCGUGGAAGCCACUGAAAACCCGGUCUUCGCCCGCUCCACCGUGGUCCAUCCAGAAGCGAGACAUCACCCGCCCGCGAACCCUCGACAGCAGCCCCAACUGGACUCAGGGUCCCUGCCGCCUGGACGGCCAGGCCAGCAGCCCCGGAGGGAACCUCCCAGAGAAGGCUUGCGACCGCCCCCCUACAGACCGCGCAGAGACGCUUUCGAAAUUUCUACUGAAGGGCAUUCUGGCCCUAGCAACAGGGACCGCGUGGGCCCCCGGGGAGCCCGCUCUCACAACCCUCGGCACCCAGCGUUCACUGCCAUGGGCAGCUCUGUGCCCAGCUACUGCCAGCCCAUCACCACCGUGACGGCCUCAGCGUCUGUGACUGUUGCCGUCCAUCCCCCAUCCGCCCCCGGGCCUGGGCGGAACCCCCGAGGGGGGCUGUGCCCGGGCUAUGAGGACUACCCCGAGACGGACCCCGGGCUGUUUGAGGACCCCCAUGUGCCUUUUAACGUCCGGUGUGAGAGGAGGGAUUCCAAGGUGGAGGUCAUAGAGCUGCAGGACGUGGAAUGUGAGGAGAGGCCCCGGGGCAGCGGCUCCAACUGAGGGUGAGUAAAAUCUGAAGCAAAGAGGCCAAAGAUUGGAAUCCCCCCCCAACCCCCCCAGAACUGCUUGAAGAGAACUGCUUGGAGUUGGAUGUACUGCACCAGGAUGGCAGUUCACUGUUACUGUAACCAAUUGUAUUAUUUUGUGAAAUAUUUUUAUAAAUAUUUAAGAGGUGUACACAUAUGUAAUAUACGAAAGAACAGAUGUAAAGUAGUGUUUGUGGGGCAUCUUCACUCCUGCCCCAGAGUGGGCAGUGGGGAAGGCCACAGCAAGGCCCCUCCCUCUUUGUACAUUGGCCUCUGUGCCACAACCAAGCUUAACUUAGUCUUAAAUUUCAGCAUAUGUUGCUGCUGCUUAAAUAUUGUAUAAUUUACCUGUAUAAUUCUAUGCAAAUAUGGAUUAUAUAAUAGGAUUAUUUUGUAAAGGUUUCUGUUUAAAAUAUUUUAAAGUUGCAUAUCACAACCCUGUGGUAGUAUGAAAUGUUACUGUUAACUUUCAAACACGCUAUGCGUGGUAAUUUUGUUGUUUAAUGAGCAGAUAUGAAGAAAGCACGUUAACCCAGUGGCUUCUCUAGGUGUUAGUUGGAUGCGAUUCUUCUGUUCGGCUGUGUAUGUGAAUGUGUGUGUGAUUUCCCAAUGUACUGCACUGUGAUUUUUUUUAUUUUUUCCUUUUUUUGUUUCUUUCACUGUCUGUAAACCCUUCGUGGGCUCUGCCCUAGUCAGGCUGGAAGAGUCGGGAUUCUGUGAUUGCCUGGUGCUGGUGGAGGGCAAGUCCUGCCCUAAACAGCGCCUAUCCUUUGGCCAGACUCGCUUCAGGCCCAGGGCACCUCUUAAGAUCAUUGGCUGCCAUCCAGAUGCCCCAGCUUGUGCCUCCAAGGAGAUAAGUUCCUUCAGAGGGAUCUUAGGGUGGAGGUUGUUACCUCAGGGUACAGAGCUAACAUCUGUUUAUCUUCAUUGUCGUUCAAGCAUUAGAGAACAUGCCUAGUGGUGAGCCUCAGCUGGGCCGUGAGCGUAUUAUGCAGCCUUCAUUAUUACCUCUUGUGACCAACACACGCACACACACCCACACACACACCCCUCAAAAAAAAAAAAUUGAAGAGUGAAUUGAAAGUGUUUUGGAGACAAUGUUCCUACUACAGGUAGAAAAGCCUGUUCAUUUUGGGCCCACAGAGGUGAUGUUUUGAGUCCCUCAAUUUAAACUCCCUUUCGUCUUGAAUUGCACAGUUGGUCAGGCUUUCUGGAUCUGUUUGCAUCUUUAAAAAUAUAGAUAGUGAGCAUGCAAUACAGUGAUACAGAGUCAGAGGUUCUGUAGGAUAUGAGCUUCAGAAGGAUCCUUCUCAGUGAGUUUAUAUUAACCUUAUGAGUACACACUUCCUGAAUAAAUCAUCUCCUUCCUCUCACCAUUUUUAGUGUUCUUUCUAUGUGACAGUUAUUGACAAGCAAGAAGAUGCUUAUUACAUACAUCCCAGUGAAGAAUGGAUAUGGAGGCAGAUCUCUUGGCCAGGCAUUGUUUUUAAAGAUUUGCUUCUGUAUUGAUUCUGUUGUCUUGCUCUGAGGCUUGGUCUUCCUCCGCUUUUAGCCAGAGACCAGCGAAUGUCGGGGAAGCACUUGGCACCCAGACUCAGCUACUAUAGUAGUUAGUGCACAAAUGGCAUCUCCCGUUAUGCUCUCCGGUUUCACAUGGAAAAUCUUAAUCAAAAUGCAACAGGCCCCCAAUAGUACCCAGCCGUGCAGGGACCUCAGUCCCUAAACUUGCCCCCAAACUAAGAUACUAAUUGGAAGCCACCAGGUGUGUUAAUUUGCCAGGGGCCCCAAAGGCCCCACUGCUACUGUUUGGUGCCUCUGUUACCACACUGUCUACCUACCACCCAGCUCUGCUCAGAAAACUUUCAUCCUGCAUUCAGGAGAGAGAUGAUGCAAAAUUCUGAGGUCUGCUUCCCCUCUGGCUUGUGGCGUCCCCCCACUCCCUUCCUGAGCCCAACUUGUGUGGUGCAUGACAGCUCACCUAGCCCCUGCUUUUUACAGCGUAGAACUUUCUCCUAUAGUCACAUUGGCAAAGGGAGAACGUGGGGGCUGGCAGGCAACUAGAAUUUUUCUCUCUCAUUUUUAAAAUACUUUUAUUUUGUCUGUCUUGUUUGUUCAUUUGGAUGUUUUAAUUUUUUUUAAAGAAAUCUUUGCUGAUAUUUAUAAUUUUGUAUUAUAAGAAUGUUUUCCUACAGUAUUUGUCAUGCCAGUUUAUAACAAAAAAAUUGCAGGGAUUUUUAUUUCUAUUGGAAACACUAUUACAGCUAUGUUUUACUUUUGAACAGAAUUUUUAUUUGUAUAGAGUGCUUACUAAUGUUAAAUAGUUCAGAGUAUAUAACAUUUUCAUUAAGAACUCAUGGUAGGUUUUAGUGUAAGAAGUUUAAAGGAAAUAAAUAUUCAAACUGGGUCUCAUUUCUGCCAAUUUUGGUGGAAAUGGGUUUGUGUCAUUUCAAUUACAAAGAUAAAAGUAUGCCAUAUAAUUUAUUUAUAUGAAAAUUUAUUUUUGUAGUGUACAUAGUAGUCAUCAAGUCUUUUGACAGAAGUAUAUUUUUAAAGAAUUUAUAUGUGAUGAAUUCAUAAUGUCUGGAACUUUGCUGAGACAUGAGUGGGACACACUUUUCAUUGUAAAGUACAGCAAGGAAAAGAAAAUGUUUUAACAGUGUUAAAGAGAGUAAGAUCGAGUGAAUAUUCACGCAAUUGUGAAAUGUGUAUUAGUUACCAUUUGUGACCUAGUGUGGUUCUCAUUUUAAACCUUGAAAGGCAAAAAUGUACAAACUCUCUAAAUAUUAAUGUUCAAACACUGAUAGAAAUUCUAACAUGAAUAAAAAAUAAUAUAACUUGUUGGUUA